UUCAAUUGGAAAUUGGAAUCGACGGCACGCGGUCGCACGCAUUUGAUAACUUACGAGUACGGUGUGCAAUUCAAAUCGGAAAUUAGCCAGUUUUUAACAAGUGUUUUGUGUUAAUAUGACGGAAUUCGAUUUUGUGCCACUCGCCGUGGGUGUGGUCGCCGUACUCGCCGGCGCCCUGAUCGUCCACUAUCUGCUGAAUAAGAAGUCCACGAAACCACGCCGGGAACCCAAUCGCACCGCUCGGCUGCGCACGCUUGUGGAUCCCAACGACAAGUACCUGCUGCCUCUCAUCGAAAAGGAGAAUCUGAGCCAUGACACUAGGCGAUUCCGGUUCGGAUUGCCCUCCAAGCAGCAUGUCCUUGGCCUCCCCGUGGGCCAGCACAUUCAUCUGAUCGCUACCAUCGACAAUGAGCUGGUAAUUCGGCCAUACACUCCGAUAUCGUCCGAUGAGGAUGUGGGCUAUGUGGACCUGGUCGUCAAGGUGUACUUCAAGGACACGCAUCCCAAGUUCCCCGCCGGCGGCAAAAUGACGCAACACCUGGAGCAGCUCGAGUUGGGGGACAAGAUCUCGUUCCGUGGUCCCUCGGGUAGACUGCAAUAUCUCGGCAAUGGCACCUUCUCCAUCAAAAAGUUGCGCAAGGAUCCGCCCAAGCACGUGACCGCCAAGCGAGUCAACAUGAUUGCCGGCGGCACUGGCAUUACUCCAAUGCUCCAAUUGGCCAGGGAAGUGCUCAAGCGCAGCGAUAAGGAUAAGACUGAACUGGCUUUGCUGUUCGCCAACCAGAGCGAAAAGGACAUUCUGCUGCGUGCAGAGUUGGACGAAUUGGCCCAGAAGCAUCCUGACCAGUUCAAGGUCUGGUACACAGUUGACAAGGCAAACGAAGGUUGGCAGUAUAGCGUUGGCUUCAUCAAUGAGGAAAUGAUCGCCGCCCACCUACUUCCGGCCAAGGACGAUACCAUUGUGUUGCUUUGCGGCCCACCACCCAUGAUUAACUUUGCCUGCAAUCCGGCGCUGGACAAGCUUGGCUACCAUCCGGACACCCGUUUUGCCUACUAAAAUGUUGGACAUUAUGGGACGAAAUUGCAUUUUCGUUUUGUUAAUAUUCCUUUUUUAUCUGUUGUCUCUAACCAGCUCAUCAAAAUCCAAGAGUUCGCCCAGAUUUCGGCAAUGUGAUUGAAAACCAAGCGAAUAAAAACAUUAAUUAGUUUAAAGU